AUGGAGACCAGGAUCUCUCCCAUACUGCUGCUCGUCAUGACGAUGGCCAUGCUAGCGGCAGCAGCGCAACCGCCGACGAGAAGGACAAUGGCAGACCUGGACAAGGGGCCGACAGAGUCCCGUGUCCCCGUGCCCGUGCCCGUGCCCGUGUCCGCGUCCGUGUCCGUGUCCGUUCCCGCGCACCGCCGUGCCGAUCAGCAAGAGCCCGGGUCGUCAUGCUCGUCGGAGGGAGAGUGGAACUGCAUGGGCGACUCGUGGCAGAGGUGCGCGGCCGGACGGUGGAGCAUCGUGGUCAGCACGGCAAAGGGGACGGAGUGUACGCCUCAGGGCAUGGCGGACGACAUAUCGACCGAGGACAAGGAUGGCAGCGAUGACGAUGACGAUGACGAUGGCAGCGAUGGCAAUGAUGGUAACGGGACCAGCGGUGGGGGGAGGGUGCAACUGGCUUCGACGGCAACGCAGAUGGUGGUCUUUGCUGCUGCUUUUGUCAUGGUACAAUAA